UGACCAGGGAGAAAAGUUCGAGUAACACUCCCGGAGGUGCUGUUCCCUGUGCGCGUUCACGACGCCCCAGGUUUGGAGAUGUCGGUCCCGUCUCCGCGCUCCCGGUGACCGAGGGAAAAGUUUUUUGUCUAGGAGCGCGACUAAAAGGAAAAAUGUUUAGCAGAUGAGCCUCCGUCCAUAAUCGAGCUCGAACAAUCAGCCCGAUCCUGAUUGGACUCUUUUCCUCUUAACGAACGGGAGCCGGGUCGCCAUGGAGACGGUUGUGAUCGUGGCCAUCGGGGUGCUGGCCACCAUCUUCUUGGCCUCCUUCGUUGCCCUGGUGGUGGUGUGCAGACACCGCUACUGUCGCCCCCACGACCUGCUGCACCACUUUGACUCCAAACCCACAGUGGACCUGAUCGGCGCCAUGGAGACGCAGAGUGAGCCGUCGGAGCUGGAGUUGGACGACGUGGUGAUCACGAACCCUCACAUUGAAGCCAUCCUUGAGAACGAAGACUGGAUAGAAGACGCCUCGGGUUUGGUGUCUCACUGCAUCUCCAUCCUGAAGAUCUGCCACACUUUGACCGAGAAGUUGGUCGCCAUGACGAUGGGCUCGGGGGCAAAGGUCAAAGCGCCAGCCAGCCUGAGCGACAUCAUCACGGUGGCCAAGCGCAUCAGCCCGAGGGUGGACGACGUGGUCCGGUCCAUGUACCCGCCGCUGGACCCGAUUCUGCUGGACGCCAGGGCCACGGCGCUGCUGCUGUCCGUCAGCCACCUGGUGCUGGUCACGCGCAACGCCUGCCACAUGUCCGGCAGCAUGGACUGGAUCGAGCAGUCGCUCCACGCUGCCGAGGACCACAUGGUGGUGCUGCGCGAGGCGGCGCUGGCCUCCGAGCCGGAGCGAGGGAUUCCAGGAGCCGCCGCGACCAGAGAGCAGGCCAUCUAGAGCAAACAGCAGCAAAACCAGCCUUUCCUAAAUCCUCCUCUCAGUCUAUACUUAACUCGGACAGGAGUGAAAAAGGCAGCGUCCCAAACUCAUCAUCCAACCAUUACCGUUACUAACAAUGCUGUCUGUGCUGAUGGAUACAGGGACAUGACUCGUCUCAAACACAGGCGUUGUAUGAAUGUGUUUAAAGAGCGGCCUGUCGGUGAAAAGCCUUUGGAAUGUUCUUUACACAAUCACCCAGCGGUGGUCUGAAAUCCAGCCUGACCAGCACAGUCACACACAGGCUUAGGGAGCCACACUAAUCCACACAGUGAGCGAGGCCAACGAGGCUCCAACGGAGGCCGGGUUCGGUAGGACUACAGUGUCAACAUGGUUUCAAGGCUGUGCUAAAAAAAUGUGGACUGAAGCGGAAACAUUUAGAAAGUUAUUACGGUUUAUUUUUAUUUUUUUUUCCUUGUUCACAAUCUGUUUGUUUUGAUUUUUUUUGUUCCAGGAAGCACACUCGUGUUUUCUCAUUUGUAAUCUCACCGUUUGUUAUUGAUGUCCAUUUACUCCUGCACAGCUAUUUCAUCUUUCAUUGAUUUGUGCAGAUUUGUUAAGGUUUCAUAGGAAAAAUGUUUUUGUUUUUUUUGCUCGGGACAAUAGCUACAGAGAAAUCCACAUCUGAUAGAAAGCCCACUCACACUCGUACUAAUGUGACAUAAAUAAAAGUGAAUCUGUCCUUCUUA